AUGCCGUACCUGCAGGAGAAGACGUCUCUCUCCAACGUCCUCUUCUGGGCGAGCCUGUCGUACGGCUUCAAGCUCCUGCAAGCCAGCCUCCUCGGCGACACGACGGCCACGCGUGUGGCGUGGGAGGUCUUCGGGACGAUCCCGCCGCUCCAACCGGGCCGAGACGUCCUGCAAGGGCUGCACGCGCGUCUGCGCUUCCGCGGCGCCGGCACCCUCGAUGCCGAUCAUCCGGGGAACAAUCCGGACGUUGCGCUGCGGUUCCACGAGAUGAUGGUCGCGGCGUGCGAGGCCAACGGCACACCGAUCGACACGUUUCUCCCGCCGCCCGCCAUUGAGACGCUGCUGCGCGCGAGGCUCGGCACGCGCUAUCAUCUGCUGGAGCAAGGGCUGCACGAUGGCGGCGACCCGGGGGUGAGGACCGUGGUCUGCGCAUUCGUGGGAGACAUGGUGAAGGGCAGCAUCUGCCUCGGGGACGGACCGCGCUGGACGGCGGACCGAGCCACGGCCAUGCUCGAUGCCUUUCACAGGCGGCUGGCGCUUGCGUGA